AGUACUAGGCAGGAGUAGAAUCAAAAGUCUUUUUUUUUUUAUCAAUUGUUACCAGCAUUCUGUCCAUUUCCUUUUCCUUAUAAAAGAGGAAACUUUGGCUUUUCCUUAGUCUUAUUGUCUUUUCUUUUUCUUUUCUUCUUUUUUUUAUAUGCAGCAUGAGUUAUCCUUAUGACCAAAAGCAAUUCCUUUGUUUUAAUAAACAAAACAAUCAAUACGCAUUGACUGUUCGCCAACAGCCAAAGAGAGCAAGACUCUGUAGUUUCAAAGACAAAGUCGAUCGGCGCCCCUUAGAUCCUCCACCAAUUGUUCAACUUCAUCAAAUUAACCAAAUGAAUUUCAGCGAUUACCAAAACAGCGCCAAUUUAUUUCUUCAUGCAACACUAGUAAAUGCAAAUGGUCAAUGUCAUACGAGUCUUGUUAAUGGUAAUCGAACUUUAGCUGGAUCCAUGGCACAAUCUCUAAAUAAACUAAGAGACACAAACAAUAUAGAGGGCGCUUUUUUUAUUUUUGCAGAUAUCAGUGUUCGUAUUGAAGGCACAUUCAGACUUAAAUUUACAUUAUUUUGCAUUCAAAAUGAUGGUGUUGAGCAGUUAUGCCAUACAGUUUCUGAACCAUUCCGAGUAUAUUCACCCAAAACUUUCCCUGGCAUGUCAGAAUCUACAGCGCUUACUCGAUCAUUUUCGGAACAAGGAGUACGGGUUCGGAUUCGCAAAGAAGCAAGAGAGCCACCAAAAAAACGCCCACGAAAAAUGGCAGAUCAACAUCAUGAUCAUCGGUAUGAAAAGACAAUGACAAACAGCAGCCAUUUAAUGUCGAUAAAGCACUUGUUAAUUCAGGAUCAUUCUUCGAAAGAAUCUUAUUUCAACAGAUACCAUCUUUAAGUUUUUAUUGUCAUUGCUAUGCUUAACCCCCCUCUUUUUUUUAUUACCUUUAAAUCUCUCCUUUUAUGAUUGUAUAUGUCAACUUAUGUAAUGCAAUUCUAAAGCAUUAAAAAAUUACUCUAUGCAUAUUUCUCUUUAGUACUUCUUCUUUUUCUUCUUCUUAAAUAACAACACACAAUAGCAAAUGACACAAACUAAAUCUAUAGAACCAAUGCUUUGUUUUCCAAGACAGUAUACCAAAUAGUAGUUAAUAAUAU